AUAUAUAUAUAUAUAUAAUAUCGCUAUAUACGUGUACAUAUAAAAUAACAAUAAUAAUUUUCGCUUUCGCUACGGCCCUGCUAGCUAGCUAGCUCUGAGUGCUGCGCGGCGCGAUAUAUACUUUGGGACAACGACGACGACGACGCCGCCGAGAAAAUUCUUGGAUUUCCAGAAGGCCCCGAUCGAUCGACCGAGGCGGCGAAUCAUCCGUCCACUCGCUGGCCUCACCACCUCCCCGUGCGCAGCCGUCGUCGUCCUCUCCUCCCUUAUCGAUCGGGUUCCGGUUCCGGCCGCUCAACUCUUCUAGUCUUCUUCCUUCCUUUCCUUCCUUUCUCCCCCGUCCCGCUCUGGCCUCCUGCGUCCUGCUGCCCUGUGAUUGAAGCAGGCAACGGCCGGCUGUUGGGACGGUAGAUAAAUAGUAAAUCGGUUGAUACUACUGCUGCUGCUGCUAUUAACCGCUCGGGCUGGCCGGGGCCCCCCUCCUCCUCCUGUUGCUUCGAUUCCAUCACACAUCAGCUUGGUGCAUUCGUCUUCCUGCUUCCUCCUUGCUUCGUCUCUCUUCAGUUCAGUCUCCCCUUGGAGCGAGGAUGCCUUGUGCAGCCUGGUCUGCAGGGCGGGGCUGAGUCGUCGUCGUCGGUGCAAAGACGACUGAGGGAAAUAUAUAUAUAUGUCAGCUGCUGCUGUAGCUCUGGAGGAACCUGCUGUACAAAUGGUGAUGGUGAGCGUGGCGAGCCCGAGGAGCCCGGCGGUGCGGUCGGAGGAGGACCUGGGCCCGGCGUGGCUGCGGCCGCUGCUGGGCACGAGCUUCUUCGUGCCGUGCCGGCUGCACCCGGAGCUGAGCAAGAACGAGUGCAACCUCUUCUGCCUCGGCUGCUGCACGGGCGACGCCCUCUGCGCCUACUGCCUGCCGGCGCACCGAGACCACCACGUCGUCCAGAUACGUCGGUCGUCGUACCACAACGUGAUCCGGGUGUCGGAGGUGGGGAAGCUGAUCGACAUCUCCCACGUGCAGACGUACGUGAUCAACAGCGCCAAGAUCGUGUUCCUCAACGGCCGCCCGCAGGCCAGGCCCGGCAAGGGCGUCACCAACACCUGCCAGAUCUGCUGCCGGAGCCUCCCGGACUCCUUCCGCUUCUGCUCCCUCGGAUGCAAGCUGGGAGGGAUGCAGUGGGACCCGAGCCUGACGUUCGCCAUACGGCCGAAACGCGGGCAGGGAUCCGGCGACGACGGCGGCUCCGGCUCCGACGACUCGUUCAGCCCCAAGAAGCCACGGAGGAUGGCCGGGUUCGACCUCGGCCGCUUCGAGCGGCCGGGCGGCAUCCGGUGGUCCGACGACGAGGGCAGCAGGUCCAACAACGGGCUCAUCACGCCGGGGACACCGCCGAUCAACCGGUGCCGGCCGUCCAGGAGGAAGGGCAUCCCCCACCGCGCCCCGUUCUACGGUUAGCUCGCUCGUCUAAGCUCCUCCAGCGGUUGGAGUGCAACACCCAGUCGUCGUCGUCGUCAACCUUUAAAAUAAUACAGUAAAACUCUUCAGCCAGCACGAGAUGAUGCUGUGUGACACUCAUCAGGUCUGAGCAGUGAAGUGAUCCAAAAUCUGCUGCUGGUGGUAGGUCACCAUAUAUAGCUAGGUACAUAUGUUUAGAGCUAUAGCUUGUUACAUAAUAGAUAUAUAGUUGUAUACAUGCAUACAUACACUACACAAAUAAUGUAGGCGAAAGAUAUAUGUACAUGCCAGUAUAUUGACAAGGGUUGUCAGUAUCUGUAUAGACAUAAUCUCAAAAAAGGAGAUAGAAACGUAGGUAGGGUUUGGAUUUCAUUAUUAGCUUGGCUAGUAGUAGUAGUGGUCGAGAUUGAUAUGUGAAAAGGAACAAGCAUCAUGUAUUUAUCUCAGUUUGUAGUAUUUGCCUGCUUGCCUCCGCCACCCAAUGCGUUUAUUAGCGUUGUGGUGCGAAGCUAAGAGUUUUUGUUAAUCUCCUCCUUAAUUAGGAGCUUAAUCUGAUGUAAACAGAGUGUAUGUAUGUAUGUAUAUACACACACAAGUAUGGCGUAUGUAUAUGUUUGUGUACCAUCAGAAAUUGAAGAAAGAUAUGGGGAAGAAAUACCUUGUGGGGGUGUA